CAUAACCGCACUUACCCUUUUUUCAAUACAAAUACAGCUACAUCUCCAUCUUUCUUCUUUUACAUCUCCAACACUAAACCUUUCAAAAUAAACGUUCAAAACAUGGCAAUAGACGAGACGUUAUUGUCAACCGAGAUAGUCAACCGCGGGGUUGACUUGUCGGGGCCCGACGCCGGAGCCCGGAAGUUCUCGGUCCGUGUUCGUCGUCGGCUACCCGAUUUCGUGCAAUCCGUGAAUUUGAAAUAUGUGAAAUUGGGAUAUUACUACAUGAUAAGCAAUGGGAUGUUGUUGGCCGCCGCCGCUCUGCCGCUUCUCGCGGUGGUUUUCGGCAUGGAGAUAUCGGGAAAUCUUGGACACUCUGAUUUUGUUGUUGUGAUUCCUCUUCUCGGUGUUCUCUCUUUGACUGUCUUUGUUUUCUACAUGUCCAAGUCAACACCAAUUUACCUUGUUGACUUUGCAUGCUGCAAACCAAAUGACGAUCUUAAGGUGACAAAGGAUCAAUUCAUAGAUAUUGCUCGAAAAUCAGGAACAUUUAAGGAAGAAAGCCUAGAAUACAUGAAGAGAUUACUUGAGAGCUCUGGGAUCGGGGAUGAAACAUAUGUCCCUAAGUCCAUCGGAUUCCCAGAAAGGGAUAGGAUGAGUUUGAAUGUCACCCGAGCCGAGGCAUCAAUGGUGGUAUUUGACGCAAUAGAUGCGUUGUUCGAGAAGACAGGGAUCAAACCGAAAGACAUUGGAGUUUUGGUUGUGAACUGUAGCACGUUUAACCCGACUCCUUCACUCUCGGCCAUGGUCAUAAAUAGAUAUAAGAUGAGAGUGGACAUUCUAAGUUCAAACCUUGGUGGGAUGGGUUGCAGUGCUGGGAUCAUCGCAUUGGACUUGGCGCAAGACAUCCUACGAGCCAAUCCCAAUAGGUAUGCCUUGGUUGUUAGCACUGAAAUAGUGAGCUCCAUGUGGUACUCGGGAAACAACCCGUCCAUGCUCAUUCCCAAUUGCUUCUUUCGAAUGGGUUGUUCAACCAUCCUACUCUCCAAUCGCAGACGCGACUACCACCGAUCAAAGUACCGACUUGAACACAUCAUUCGCACUCACCAUGGCUCAAAUGAUCAAGCCUUUAGGUCCAUUUACCAGGAUGAAGAUGAGCAAAACAAAAAGGGCUUGAA